AUGUCGCGCCCCGCACAGAGCAAGGCGCAGAACGACGCUAACGCUCGCACCCUGCGCGCCCUCGUCAAGCAGCCCGAGAACAAGACGUGUGUCGACUGCAAACGCAACGACCCGCGAUGGGCCUCGUGGAACCUUGGCUGCUUCCUGUGCAUCCGCUGCUCCGGCAUCCACCGCAGCAUGGGCACACACAUCUCCAAGGUCAAGUCGAUUGACCUCGACAUCUGGACGCCCGAGCAGAUGGCCUCGGUGCAGAAGUGGGGCAACCGGCGCGCCAACGCUUACUGGGAGGCGCACCUGAAGGCCGGACAUGUGCCGCCAGAGCACAAGAUUGAGAGCUUCAUCCGCAGCAAGUACGAGACGAAGAGAUGGGCGAAGGAAGGCCCGCCGCCGAGCGACCCCAGCGUGCUGGACCAGGGCGGUGCCGCUGCGUCGCCCGCAGCAGCAGCUCCGGUGAGUGCUGUAUCUUCUGAACGAUGCGGUGGUCGCUAA